AAACAAAAAUAAAAAAGAUUUCUCAUUUUUAGUCCAAAAAAAAAAAAAAAUUAAAAAACUGUGAUUCCAUUUUUUAAGACAUCAUCAUCAACCUGAUUCAUCAUCACAAUAUUAUUACUGAUGCAAUAAUUUUUCAUUUACACUCCAUUAAUUCCAAAGUGAGAAAACUCACUUAUUUCAAACAAUUUUGUGGCUCAUCCUCAUCCUAAAAAUCUCUCUUAAUAAUUGAGUUCGAUCCACACUUAUUACCAAAUUGUAACCUCAAAAUUCUUAAAUUUCAAACACAAAAAACACACACACUUUUCUUUGUUAACUCAGUGACUCAGAAAUUGAUCAUCUUCAUCAUCAUCAACAACAAUUUUUAAUGCAAAUUCAAAUUCUAUCAUCUGGGUAUUGUUCAAGUUCAUAUUUUUUGAAAUGGGUUGCAUUUAUUCAAGAGUUUGCAUAGGUGAAACUUGUAAAGGUUCAAGCAUCAAUGGUGACCCAAUUUCAAGAAAUGAACUUCAACAUGUUUUUUCACCAUCUUCUUCAGGUGAAAUUAGAGACCAAUUGAAUCAAUUAAGCUUAACAAGAGAUUCAGAAGCUGGUAUUAGAAGAUUAGCUAGGGUUUCCUCUCAGUUUUUGCCACCAGAUGGUUCAAGAAUUGUGAGAAUUCCUUCAAGUAAUUAUGAAUUACGUUAUUCUUAUCUUUCUCAACGUGGUUAUUAUCCUGAUGCUCUUGAUAAAGCAAAUCAAGAUAGUUUUUGUAUUCAUACACCUUUUGGAAAUGAUGUUAAUGAUCAAUUUUUCGGUGUUUUCGAUGGUCAUGGUGAAUUUGGUGCCGAAUGUUCGCAAUUUGUUAAGCGUAGGCUUUGUGAGAAUUUAUUAAGGAAUUCUAAAUUUAGUGUUGAUCCUGUUGAGGCUUGUCAUUCGGCUUUUUUAGCGACGAAUUCACAGUUACAUGGUGAUAUUUUAGAUGAUAGUAUGAGUGGAACAACAGCUAUAACGAUUUUGGUUAGAGGGAAGACGGUUUAUGUAGCGAAUUGUGGUGAUUCGAGAGCUGUUAUAGCGGAGAAGAAAGGGAAAGAUGGUGAUGUUGUUGCAGUUGAUUUGUCUAUUGAUCAGACACCUUAUAGAGUUGAUGAGUUAGAAAGAGUGAAACUUUGUGGUGCUAGAGUUCUUACUUUGGAUCAAAUUGAAGGGUUAAAGAAUCCUGAUGUUCCGUGUUGGGGUACCGAUGAAGAAGCUGAUGAUGGUGAUCCUCCUAGGUUAUGGAUUCCAAAUGGGAUGUAUCCCGGUACUGCUUUUACAAGGAGUAUCGGUGAUUCUAUUGCCGAAACGAUCGGUGUUGUUGCUAAUCCUGAGAUUGUUAGUUUUGAACUCACACCUAAUCAUCCAUUUUUCGUUAUUGCUAGUGAUGGUGUUUUCGAGUUUCUUUCUAGCCAAACUGUUGUUGAUAUGGUCGCAAAGUUCAAAGAUCCACGUGAUGCUUGUGCUGCGAUAGUGGCAGAAUCUUAUCGACUUUGGCUACAGUAUGAGACUCGUACAGACGAUAUUACAGUCAUCAUUGUGCAUAUAAAUGGGCUAAAUGAAACCCCUGUUGCUCACUCAACAAGUUCUCGUGAUGUUUUACGAACCUCUGUCCCUCAAGUUAUUGAGGUGACAGGUUCAGAAUCUCCUUCCACUUUUGGCUGGACCGCUAGGAAUAAUCGCGUAAGGCAAGAGUUGUCAAGGGCACGCAUCCGAGCAAUUGAAAAUUCCCUCGAGAAUGGACAAGGUUGGGUUCCUCCAUCAUCGGCACACAGAAAAACAUGGGAGGAAGAAGCACACAUAGAGAAGGCUUUGAAUGAUCAUUUCCUCUUCCGUAAACUUACCGAAUCUCAAUGUCACGUUUUAUUGGAUUGCAUGCAAAGAGUUGAAAUCGAACCUGGGGAUAUUAUAGUCAAACAGGGUGGUGAAAGUGACUGUUUUUAUGUCGUUGGAAGCGGAGAAUUUGAAGUCCUGGCGACUCAGGAAGAAAAAGACGGGGAGGUACCUAGGGUUUUGCAGCGCUACACAGCCGAAAAACUAUCGUGCUUUGGAGAACUUGCUCUGAUGUACAACAAACCACUCCAGGCUUCUGUACGUGCCGUAACAAAAGGAACUCUUUGGGCUUUAAAGCGAGAAGAUUUUCGAGGGAUUUUAAUGUCAGAAUUCUCUAACUUAUCAUCGUUAAAGUUACUUCGGUCUGUAGAUCUCCUCUCAAGAUUGUCAAUUCUACAACUGAGUCAGAUUUCCGACUGCCUUUCUGAAGUUACCUUCUCAAGCGGACAGACAAUAAUCGAUAAAAAUGAAGUCCUUGCAUUGUACAUUAUCCAAAAGGGACGUGUAAAAUUAACUUUCGAUGCUGAUUUAUUGACAAGUCCAAAUACCUUAAGCCUCAAGUCUGACAUCGAAAAUGAGGACGAUGAUGUACCAAGCGAAACAGAACUGUCGAUAGAGAAGCCCGAGGGAAGCUAUUUUGGUGAAUGGUCCCUUCUUGAUGAACAAAUUGGUUCCUUAACUGCUGUUGCAGAGGAAGAUGUUGUAUGUGCUUUACUAACAAAGGACAAAUUUGAAUCAGUUAUUGGCUCCUUACAAAAGAUUUCUCAGGAAGAUCACAAGUUGAGGGACAAUUCCAAGGAAUUGACUAGAAACUUUGAAUUCUCAUCCCUUGAUAAAGUGCAGCUCUCGGAUUUGGAGUGGAGAAAGACUAUAUAUUCCACUGAUUGUUCUGAUACUGGACUAGCAAAUUUAAGAGACUCAGAAAAUGUGCUUACUUUGAAGAAAUUUUCCAAGCCAAAAGUGAAAAAGCUAGGAAAGGAAUCACAAGUCUUGAAAGAGAAGGAUUUGAUUAAGGGUUUGAGCUCUUCAGCUUGUGUACCACAAGUUUUAUGCACCUUUGCCGACCGCAUGUAUGCUGGAAUACUGCUAAAUACUCGUCUUGUCUGCCCUUUAUCUUCCAUACUUUCAAGUCCUUUUAGCGAAUCAGCGGCACAGUUUUGCGCUGCUUCUGUUGUUACCGCAUUAGAAGACUUGCACAAGAAUGGUGUUCUCUAUAGAGGUGUCUCGCGCGAUGUUUUGAUGUUGGAUCAAACAGGACGGAUACAGCUGGUGGAUUUCAGAUUUGGAAAGAAGCUAUCCGAUGAGAGAACAUACACAAUUUGUGGGAUGGCAGAUUCUCUAGCUCCAGAGAUUGUUUUGGGAAAAGGCCACGGUUUCCCUGCCGACUGGUGGGCGUUGGGAGUUUUAGUAUAUUUUAUGUUACAAGGCGAUAUGCCAUUUGGAUCAUGGAGAGAAAACGAACUUGAUACAGUUGCCAAAAUUGCAAAAAGGAAAUUAAAUUUUCCAGACACUUUUAGCCCUGAAGCUAUUGAUCUCAUCUCCAAGUUACUUGAUGUGGAAGAAAAUACUAGACUUGGUAGCCAAGGUCCUGAUUUUGUCAAGAGUCACUCAUGGUUUAAUGGUAUCAAUUGGGAAGCGCUUAGACACCACACUUUUCCAGUUCCUCCAGAAAUUAUUUCUCGCAUAACACAAUACUUGGAAGUUCGUUAUGAGGAUUCUUCUGCUUCUACGGAGUCCCCAUUAGAGGAGGUAGAAGAACUUAAUGUGCCUGAAUGGCUUGAAGAUUGGUAGAAGAAUGAAUGAGCAUUAGGCUUUGUCUACUUUUUUAAGUUUGUCUCUGCACAAAUAUUUAGCUUUUCUUGUUGGGGAACUUGUUUUCCCCCCAUGUUUUGUAAAAGUUCGCACAUGUGUUCGGAAGUAUACUUCUGGACGAAAAAAAUUUAUGUUUUUGUGUGGAAGUAUACUUUCUGAGGGUAAAAAGCAAUGUUUUUUCGGAAGUAUACUUCUGAAGUGACUGUCAGGGGUGAAAAAAGAAGCUCUUUUCUUCGACAAAUUGCAAUCCAUGAAUGCAAAGAGAUCAAUAGGCUCGGAAUAUCCUCCCUAGUUCAAUCUUUUAGCUGCCGAAUGGGUAGGGUAGGUUUAAUAUGUUCUUUAUAUCUUUACCACUUUCAUUUUUAUUUUUUAUAGUUCCUUUAUUCUGUAAAUAUUAUAUAUGUUCAUGAUUGAAUUUGUUUUUAUGUUCAGUUGAAUUGUCAAGCAAUUUAGAAUAUUUUAUAUCAUGGACUAAUGUCCACCAUAUUUACAC